CAGCACUUCACACAACACAUGAGAUGAAACACGAACAACAAUACAAACAUAACAAACCACCAAAUACUUUUUCUCCAUUCCUCCAUACACUUUUUUGUUUGAAGUGGGUGUAGAUGAAAAAGGAGUGAUUCAAAGCCUCCUUUUACCAGGUGAUCAAAGAUUUCAUGAUCAUAGCAUGAAUGCCUUGACUCACGUCUGCUCCAAGCAGUAUUUGAAAGUUAACAAGCCAUUGUUGGCAUCCGCUUGUGAGUACCAUUAACAUAUACAGAACACCUGUCAUGAAUGUUGACAUUCAGCUUAGAGAAUAGGAAACUUUGCAAAAAGUACUGAAACAUGCAAUUGAUCAACACUGUAUGUACAUUCAUUCAUUCGGUGCAUUUUAGGGUCAUUUUUUAAUGUCUCCCAAAAGCCUGUACAGUACUCCUACCAUUUUGAGACAUGUAUUACAGGGUCAAAUAUUGAAAACCUAUAUUACUUGCAGUUUAGGACCACAAACACAAUAAUAAGCAUCACUGAGCAUAGAUAAAACUGUUUUUUUUAAAAAAAGUAAUGUUUUGUCACAAUGCUUGUAAUUAGUGGUGUUUGUGUGCCCCAUAUUGUGGCAACUGAGUCCAAUGUUCGUGCAAUUAAUUUAAAAGCGAUACAUAACUAUGGCAAAAGUGAAGGUAAAUAGUGGGUAGCUAUGUGGCAAAGUUAUUAUUGGGAUGUUGGACAAUGACACUUCCUGCUCCUUUACAGUACGGUACAGUACUGAUGCGCACUGCAUUGUGGGGACACAAAUACGAGCGCCAAAAGGCUAGCCGGUACAACAAAGGAGAGAAAAUAACAAACGGAAUCUUUAAAUGACAAGUUGCUAUGAUGUGAGUUCCAGUGAGCGUUGUCAGGGAUGUAAAUUCGCCGGAAUAACGCUGGGGAUGUAAGACACGUCGCGAGCUGCUUUGUGUCAGCUCGACUGUUUGCCUACUCAGGCCCAGCAGCUCGCAGAGGCCUCGGACUAAAGCUAUCUGACCACUUGCUAGUAGGAUGUGAUGAUAGUUAGAGGGAAAGGACCAGGUUGUAAACUGGGCGCCGCCAUCACGAGUAAUUGAAAGGACAAGUUUUCUCUACAUGUUCAGAAGCUGACUAACAUGGGAGUGAAGACCUUUACCCAUUGCUCGACAUCCCACAGCCAGGAGAUGCUCGAAAAGCUCAACACUUUGCGUAACCAAGGUGACUUGUGUGAUGUUACCAUCAGGGUGCAAGACAAACAUUUCCUGGCACAUAAAGUGGUCCUGGCGUGCUGCAGUGAAUUCUUCCGUUCCAAACUGGUGGGUCGGCCCGAGGAGGAGGACAAGUUUGUCUUGGACCUUCACCACGUGACCGUUAGUGGCUUUGCUCCUCUGCUGGAAUACGCCUACACAUCCACACUCUCCAUCAGCACAGAAAAUAUUAUCGACGUCCUCGCAGCUGCGAGUUACAUGCAGAUGUUUGCUGUAGCAAGCACUUGUUCAGAAUUCAUGAAGUCCAGUAUUCUUUGGAGUCCAAGUAACAACAACAGCAACACGCUUACAGCAGGCAAACCCCUUGAAUCAGCACCUGAGAGUGCCUCUUCAAACUGUGCCCUCACUCCACUUGACGGCAGCGUGUCACCCGUGUCAUCUGACUGUAGUGUGAUGGAGAGAAAUGUCCCCGUUUGCCGCGAAUCACGACGGAAACGAAAGAGUUUUGUAAGCAUGGCUUCGCCUGAGAGUCCCCUCAAAUGCACGACACAGAUGGUCACGACCUCCCCCCAGGUUCCCAAUCCAUCCCCUUCGUUUUCAGACAGCACGGCCCAGCCUGUGGAGUCCUCGCUGGCCUUCCCGUGGACCUUCCCAUUCGGCAUCGAUCGGAGAUUCCACUCGGAUAAAUCAAAGCUCCCAGAGAGCCCCCGGUGCCAAGAGCAGGCAGCAACAGUUACUUCUGAGGUGGUGGUCGGUCGGCGACUCAGUGACUUUUUGUCAUGUGAAAGCUCCAAGGCAGUGUCACCACCCGUGCCAACUGAGGAAGAAGAUGUGAGGGUGAAAGUGGAACGGCUCAGUGACGAGGAGGUCCAGGAGGCAUCCUCCCACCCUGUCAGCGCCUCCCAGAGCUCACUCAAUGAUCAACAGACGGUUCCAGGAAGUGAGCAGGGUCAGGAGGAUCUCCUCAUCAGUCCACAGUCAUCAUCCAUAGGAUCAAUGGAUGAGGGAGUGUCAGAGGGCUUGCCGUCAAUUCAGAGUACCGCUAAUGCUGGAGGACAUGCGGAGGAUGAUGAAAGAUUAGAAGGUAUUCAAUAUCCAUACCACCUCUAUAUUGGCCCAUCAGCCCGGCCCGGCACCAAUGGCCCUGACAGGCCCUUUCAGUGUCCAACCUGUGGAGUUCGAUUCACACGCAUUCAAAACCUGAAGCAGCACAUGCUCAUACACUCCGGCAUUAAGCCUUUCCAGUGUGACCGCUGUGGGAAAAAGUUCACACGGGCCUACUCUCUAAAGAUGCAUCGGCUGAAGCACGAAGGUAAACGCUGUUUCCGGUGCCAGAUUUGUAGUGCCACAUUCACGUCCUUCGGUGAAUAUAAGCACCACAUGAGGGUCUCCCGACACAUAAUCCGCAAGCCGCGGAUUUAUGAGUGCAAAACGUGUGGCGCCAUGUUCACCAACUCUGGCAAUUUAAUUGUACACCUGAGGAGUCUGAACCAUGAGGCAUCUGAACUAGCAAACUACUUCCAGAGCAGUAGUGAUUUCCUCGUGCCCGACUACCUGAGCCAUGUGCAGGAGGAGGAGGAGGAGGUGCUCGGAGUCCAAUAUGAAUUGGAAGAAUCCCAACAUCACCCUGUCUAUGCGGGCAACACCUCCACAUCCACAACCAUUCCCGCCUCGUCCUCCUCCUCAGUUCAGUUGGCUGUCAUCUCCCAGGUCUCCUCCUUGACCCAGAAUUGUGAGAGCUCACCUGGCUUCCUUUCACCCGAUUCCAUGGAUCCCCUGGAAGCUCGCGUCUCCUUCAAGAAGCAUGCAGGCGGCACCUCUGCCCUGGCAGAGGAGACCAAGAAGGACAACAGAGAAGGAGGCGGUUCACCCGUCGCGUUUGACCAAGUGCACCAUCGAAGGCCCAAUAUCCAGGCCCAGGAGUUGGCUUCUAUCACCAUUGAGUGAUGCAAGUCUUCUUCUUGCCCAUGUUGUGCUACUUUGCAGUGAUAACAUCUGGGAAAAUCUGAGGAAUAUUGAUGCCCAAAGAGCUCAAGUGGACUUCACAUUUCCAUUGACAGAAUCACGGCGAGUUUUAUCAAGACUUUGGUUAUCCCGGUGAUGGCUUUCCACCAUAAAAUGAGUCAUGUGCGUGUGUGUUUUUAACAAGGGUUAUUCAUCCCGUUUGACGUGAAUGCACUGCCACUGGAGGUAUGUGAAAUUCUAGCCUUGUCCUUUUGAAAAGUGCCUGAGAAUAGAUGAAGAGCACUUGUUUGCCAACAAUAGCAACUUAAGGCUUUACAAGCUGAGCUUUUUUUUUUUUUUCUCUUAGGAUGAUGUUAAUGUGUAUGGGCACACACCUGUCUCUUUCGGUCUUGUCACAACAUGUCAGUAUCGUCUCUUGCAAUAUCUCUUAGUGUAGAUUCCCGUCUGCAGUACAUGUCAACUGUUGUAGAAC